AUGCUGACGUUUGAUUCCAAACCCACAGGUAUGUCCAGAGGGAAGUCUGUGAUUGGCUCCCUGAGCAUCAUGGGCGGGAGCAGCGGGCCGCCAUACGACCGCGCUCACGUGACCGGAGCUUCGUCCAGCAGCUCGUCCAGCACCAAGGGAACAUACUUCCCCCCGAUCCUGAAUCCUCCUCCGUCUCCAGCGACGGUCCGCUCUCAGUACACUAUGGAGUUUGGUUAUUCCUCCAACAGCCCCUCAACACACAGAUCCUACAGCUACCGGCCCUACACCUACCGUCACUUCGCCCCGCCCACGACCCCGUGCAGCACCGACGUGUGCGACAGCGACUACACGCCCGGCCGCCGGGCGCCCCUCAAGUCCGCCGUGGCCGCCGCCAAGGGCUACACCAGCGACCUCAACUACGACUCGGAGCCUUUCCCGCCACCGCCGACGCCGCGCAGCCAGUACCUGUCGGCGGAGGAGAACUGCGAGAGCUGCCCUCCGUCGCGCCUUUACACCGCGCAGCUACUGCACACAUCUUCCCCGUCUCACUGCCGCGGCACGGACUCCUCGUGA